AGGCAUCCAUCCUCAGAAUACAGGUUGUAAGUAUUUGCUAUAUAUCAAGCAAUGCACUCUCACCGUAGGGCAUUGAAGAGAAAUCUGUCAGGAAAAAGUGCAGACCGGUGUGUACCCAGCACAAAGCACUGACUGUGCUCCAUUGCCACGGGUGACCCGCGGCCAUGGAUCGCAGACUUACUUUGUCUGCACGCACUGCCUGUCCGCGAGCGAAGGUAAGAAAGCGACGAGAUCGCUGGCAUAUUUUGCGGCUGCGGCGGUCGUCGACGUUGAGCAGACGAACGAUCAUGUGAUCGCUGGAUUUAGGUAGUCGAGCUGGCAAUCGCGACGCGACGCGUACAUUGCGUCUCCUUUGUUGACUUGCUGUUCCAUAUUUCAGCUCAUUGGCACAAACGUGUCGCAUGAACUUUGGACAUGGUGCGCACGCGACGCGCAAUAACGACCGGCGAGGCGUCGCAUCGACCUACGCGGAGAGCCAUCGCGUUCGCCAACAAGUCCAAUACCAAACCUUCACGAGCCAAACCUAACCCGAGGCCCAAAUUUGCGGUCAUUGACGAACAGCGUUUCCCCGUCUCGCCCGUACUUGACACGUUGUUCUACUUCAUGGCGGAGCGGCACCGAAUCUUCUUACGCCGCACUUCUGGCGAGGAACGCCCGUGGACAGACGACGAAAUCCUGCAAAAAUACCCGUUCACGAAUGUCUUCCGCGUUUACGAUCGUACGACUCAGUACGUCCUGCGACACGUAGUAAACCAAGGCAGCCAGGACCUCCACGAGUCGUGCUUCCGCGUCAUUCUCUUCCGCAUGUUCAACAAAAUCGAGACAUGGAAGCACCUCAAGCAACAGAUCGGAGAGCUGACGUGGGCAGACUUCGAUGUCCACACGUACGAAAAGGUCCUCGGCGCGGUGAGCGGUCCGCUGUAUGGCCCCGCUUACAUUUGUCCGGCGCCGAACAAUAUCGGUGGCAAAUUCAAUUACGCCCGCCAUCUGCGCCUGGUCCAAUUACUCAUGGAAGAAAACCUGCCGAAGCAGCUCAAACGGUUCCGAUAUCUUAAGGAUGCUCAUGGGUGGCUGCUUCUUUUCCCGAGUAUGGGCGAUUUUACGGCGUUACAGCUCAUAUUAGACCUGAACAUGCUUCCGCACUUCAAAUGGAGUGAGGAUGAAUGGGUCGCUCUGGGCCCGGGCUCCAAAGCCUGCCUCCAUAAGAUAUUUGGACCAAGCGUGAGCUCGCAUGAGCUCAGUGCUCUGGAGUGGCUGCAUACGACUCAGGACGAGCAUUUUUCGCGCUUGGGCAUCCCCCUCGACCGCAGACCGCGGCUUUGCCAGUCGCGUCGCCCCGGUGUGACCAUGGUCGACCUAGAACAUUCGCUGUGCGAAUGCGAGAAGUACUCUCGGGCGCUGCACCCGGAAAUCAAGGGCAAGCGGACUCAGGUCGCGAAACACCUGUUCGUCCCGAAGCCAACGCGUCCAACGGCUGACCUGCCUGUCAAUUGGCUCAAGCGCCCGCCUCCGGUUAUCAAGCUCACUCGCCCUCCUCCCGUCCGUGAGCAUGAUUCCGCGGUCAAGUGGGAAAUAUGUCGGAUCGUCGCAGAGCGAACCCGGGCCGCACCUGCCGCGCAUGUUCCGCACUAUGUCCUUCGAUGGACAGGCUAUGGGCCCGAUGACGAUACUUGUCAGCCCGAGAAGGACUUGGUCGGAGAAGCGAAAGAGGUGCUCAACGCCUGGAGGUCGAUGAAGGAGAGGAUUUGGAAGAGGAUUGGUGAGUUUCAGAAGCUGUCGAGCGCACAGCUCAAGGAUAGGAGGUCGCAAGUCGCUUGGGUUCCUAACGGACAAUAUGUAUGGUAAAUCUUGUGCGGAUAACCGGAUGCUUUAGUUUCGUGCUUUGCUUUAACAGUACUAUUGGUAACUACUAGU